CCGUGCUCCUGCUAGUACGGCAUCUUGGGGGAGAAAAAAGUGAACAGCGAAAACCCUCUACGGGAAAGACUCUCAACUUUGAUCGGUGCCACCACCAAAGACACCUUGGGACCAUGUGGACCUUCCUUGGCAUUGCCACUUUCACCUAUUUUUAUAAGAAAUGCGGGGACUUCGUCACCUUGGCCAACAAGGAGCUCCUGCUGUGCGUGCUGGUGUUCCUGUCGCUGGGCCUGGUGCUCUCCUACCGCUGUCGCCACCGCAACGGGGGCCUCGUUCGACACCAGCAGAGCAGCUCCCAGUUCGCCAUCAUCUCCAAUAUUCUCUCAGCGCUGCCUCUCGUUGGCUUCUUCUGGGCCAAGUCCCCUCCUGGAUCAGAAAAGAAAGAGCAGCUGGAGGCUAGGAGGCACAGGAAAGGAGCCAGUAUGUCCGAAACAACCUUAAUAGGAGCGGCUACCUCUACGUCCACAUCUUACCAGAACGAUCCAGAAGUUAUCAUUGUGGGAUCUGGUAUCGUUGGCUCUGCUUUGGCAGCAGUGCUUUCCAGAGAUGGAAGGAAGGUGACAGUCAUAGAAAGAGAUUUGAAAGAACCCGACAGGAUAGUUGGAGAAUUUCUGCAGCCAGGAGGUUAUCAAGUUCUCAAAGACCUCGGUCUUGGAGAUACAGUGGAGGGUCUGGACGCACAGACUAUCCACGGCUACAUCAUUCACGAUCAGGAGAGCCAAUCCGAGGUUCAGAUACCUUACCCUCUCUCGGAAAGCAGUCAGGUGCAGAGCGGAAGAGCCUUCCAUCACGGAAGAUUCAUCAUGAGUCUCCGGAAAGCAGCCAUGGCAGAGCCCAACACCAGGUUUAUUGAAGGCGUGGUGCUGCAGCUGUUAGAGGAAGAUGACGUGGUGGUGGGAGUUCAGUACAAGGACAAAGAAAGUGGAGAGAUCAAGGAACUUCACGCUCCACUGACGGUCGUUGCAGAUGGGCUUUUCUCCAAGUUCAGGAAAAACCUGAUCGCCAAUAAAGUUUCCAUUUCAUCUCAUUUUGUUGGCUUUCUUAUGAAGAACGCACCACAAUUUAAAGCACAUCAUGCAGAGCUUGUGCUAGUUAAUCCGAGUCCAGUUCUCAUCUACCAGAUUUCAUCUAAUGAAACUCGAGUGCUUGUGGACGUGCGAGGGGAAAUGCCCAGGGAUUUAAGAGAAUACAUGAUUGAAAACGUUCACCCACAAAUACCUGAUCACCUGAAAGAAGCCUUCCUGGAUGGCGUCCAGAAUUCUCGUUUGAGGGCCAUGCCAGCCAGUUUCCUUCCUCCUUCACCAGUAAACAAGCGAGGUGUGCUUGUUCUGGGGGACGCAUACAACAUAAGGCAUCCUCUCACUGGCGGAGGAAUGACCGUUGCUUUUAAAGAUAUAAAAAUCUGGAGGAAACUGCUCAUGGGCAUCCCUGACCUCUAUGAUGAUGCGGCUGUUUCCCAGGCUAAAAGUUCAUUCCAUUGGUCAAGGAAAAGAUCUCAUUCUUUCGUUGUGAAUGUACUUGCCCAGGCUCUUUAUGAAUUGUUUUCUGCUGCAGAUGACUCCCUGCAUCAGCUAAGAAAAGCCUGUUUUCUAUAUUUCAAACUUGGAGGAGAAUGUGUUGCCGGUCCUGUUGGCCUGCUUUCUGUACUGUCUCCGAACCCUUUUGUUUUAAUUGGACACUUCUUUGCCGUUGCAAUCUAUGCCACAUACUUUUGCUUUAAAUCAGAACCUUGGAUUACAAAGCCCCGAGCCUUUUUCACUAGUGGUGCUGUAUUGUACAAAGCCUGUGCUGUCAUAUUUCCACUCAUUUACUCAGAAAUGAAGUAUGUGGUUCAUUAAGCUGAAAAGAGAGCCUUCUGGAACUCAACAAGUCCACGAAACUUGUGGAAGAGGAUGUAAGCGGAGCGUGAUACUCCACCACUUCUCAGGUGGAAACUCUGGACCAAGCUCUGGAUGAGUUUGAUUUUGAAGUUUUUUGUAUAUAAACAUGUAAAUAUAUGCCUUAAUUUGCAAUUUUAAAUGAAAGGUCGAAUAAGUUUGAUAUUUAAAAGAAAUGAUUGUUACCACAGAUUAGUGCUAACAGGAACUGCAGUUUCUCUUUGGAUUUCAGUAUUUGGGAUGGGUCAUUGGUACAUGCAAAUAAAAGAAGGAGUGACCUCUUCUGACU